AUGUCAAGAGUACCGAGUCCGCCUCCCCCCGCGGAAAUGUCAAGCGGGCCUGUGGCUGAGAGCUGGUGUUACACUCAGAUCAAAGUGGUGAAGUUCUCCUACAUGUGGACCAUCAACAACUUCAGCUUCUGCCGUGAGGAGAUGGGCGAGGUCAUCAAGAGCUCCACCUUCUCCUCAGGAGCCAAUGACAAGCUCAAAUGGUGCCUGCGAGUGAAUCCCAAAGGGCUGGACGAGGAGAGCAAGGACUACCUGUCCCUCUACCUGCUCCUGGUCAGCUGUCCGAAGAGUGAGGUGCGCGCCAAGUUCAAGUUCUCCAUCCUCAACGCCAAGGGGGAGGAGACCAAGGCCAUGGAGAGCCAGAGGGCCUACCGCUUCGUCCAGGGCAAAGACUGGGGCUUCAAGAAGUUCAUCCGCCGGGAUUUCCUGCUGGAUGAGGCGAACGGACUGCUGCCUGACGACAAGCUCACUUUGUUCUGUGAGGUGAGCGUCGUGCAGGACUCGGUGAACAUUUCAGGCCAGAACACCAUGAACAUGGUGAAGGUACCGGACUGCCGGCUGGCGGACGAGCUGGGAGGACUGUGGGAGAACUCGCGCUUCACCGACUGCUCCCUCUGCGUGGCGGGACAGGAGUUCCAGGCACACAAAGCCAUCCUGGCAGCUCGCUCCCCUGUGUUCAGCGCCAUGUUCGAGCACGAGAUGGAGGAGAGCAAAAAGAACCGCGUGGAGAUCAACGACGUGGAGCCCGAGGUCUUCAAAGAGAUGAUGUGCUUCAUCUACACGGGCAAGGCGCCCAACCUGGACAAGAUGGCCGACGACCUGCUGGCAGCCGCGGACAAGUACGCUCUGGAGCGGCUGAAGGUGAUGUGUGAGGAUGCCCUGUGCACCAGCCUCUCGGUGGAGAACGCGGCGGAGAUCCUCAUCCUGGCUGACCUGCACAGCGCUGACCAGCUCAAGACCCAGGCCGUCGACUUCAUCAACUACCACGCGUCGGACGUGAUGGAGACGUCGGGGUGGAAGUCGAUGGUGGCGUCUCAUCCGCACCUGGUGGCCGAGGCCUACCGCUCCCUGGCGUCCGCGCAGUGCCCCUUCCUCGGCCCGCCCCGCAAGCGGCUGAAACAGACCUAGUUCGCCCUGGCUGCGCCCCCUUUACCCUUCCACAGCAAAACGUCUUGCUGCUCUUCCCGUCCUCCUCCGAACUGCAGACACCCAGACGAAACCCGCUGUAACCCUCUCCCCGUUGCCCCCCCUCCAGCCGAAACCGCUGUACUCUCUCUCUCUCUCCACAGCUGAUGGGGAAACAAAGCAGGUCGAAACCCGUGAAGGCCAGAGCAGUAGAUUCCAGAGUGCCCGCCAUACUCCCCCGCCCAGCGCUGGGUAAAAGAGACCGUGUGCAUUUUGCAUUUGCCUGGUGGGCGAGGGGACUGGGGUGUAGCCCCUGGUGAAGGACUACAUUGAAUGAUUCAUCAUUGGGUACAAGUACAAAGGAAUGGAUGAACAGACUAUGUGAAUUACAUCAGCAUCAAACCCGGAGGGAAAAGGACAAACAAGCCCCUUUAAAGCUUGGACAUCAAAACGCAGUUAAUAUUUUCCUCAACUUCUUCCAUUUGUUUCAAAUAUUUGCCGUCCUUAACGGCACAGCUUGAAAACGGAGGCGCUUUAAACAUGGAUGGAUGCAGAAGUGGCAAUUAGAAGAUAAAGACAGUAGGAAAAAUACCGCUAACUUAAAAAUAGACAAAUCUUACAAAGGUUCGCAAGGAGGCAGCACAUGACCCAGUUGUCAUCAGUCGUUGAAGCUUUGACACAGUCUACAGUACUGGAAAAUGAAAUGGCACUGUUGAUGAAACAGCAGCCCUAUUUUUCCUGUUGUUUUCCCUCCCAAUGUCUCCUCUUCCACAGACUCUUGAUACAGAAAAACUGAAGACCGGAAUGGAGGGGGCGGCGGCAGCAAUCAGCUGACUGUUGUAGAGACAGCUUGAAGAAAGAGUGCCACAUUGAACUCUUGAGAUGCAUUUUACCUUUAGACAACAGGAUACAUAAACGAGCUCCUAGAGAACAAAGGGCAGAAAAUGUAAAUUAAAAAAAAAAUUUUGUGACAUCUUUGUAUUUGAAGUUUUCUCCCAGUAGCACUUGUGUAAUUCGGUUGCAAGGGUUCUGCGCGAAAAUGAAAAGGGACACUGAGAGCAGAGAACGUCGCUCGAUUCUGAGGUGAAAAAUCACCAGUAACAAUGCGCUAUCAGGUCCAAUCAGGCAUGUAGCUCCUUUUGUGCUUUUGAGUUUUCCUUUUGAUUUCAGGAGAUAAAAAGACCUCGUGUAGUAAAUGUUCUUUCA